CCAGACUUUAUUUAUACUUUGUUCGCGACACGAUCAACUAGUCACCCUAUCGCUUGACCAAUCGUGUACCUUCGCCAAGGGGAAAAAAUAACAAAGCAAUCCAGCAAGGAGGUCGACAAAAAGAACGAAUUGAAACGCUCGGCUAAGGUGUACCAAAUUUUCUCAAGUGAACAACAUUUCCUGGUGGUUGUUGAAAUUUUAGUGCGAAAUUACGGCUAUCAUACAAAUUCGUAUCACUUUUUGGUUCGGAAAAAACCCUCUGGCUGCCCAAAGUUCGAAGUAAAAUAAAAUUGCGACGUUGUGAGCUGCAUUUAUAAAGUGUUUUCUCCUUGAGUGGCCAACCCCAUUCAUUGCCCAUCCAUCCCUAAAGCAACGGAGCAAAUGAAAAUGAAGAUGCCCGACAACAAUAUUGGCGGAAGCAGUUCGAACAGCUAUACACACAUCACGAUAAAUGCUGGAAACGUGUUCAACCGAGGCGGAGGAGGAGACGCUGACACCGCACGUAACACCGGGGUCCAAUAUCCGAAUGAUCCGUACGAUUCGGACGCGGACAGUUUGAGCACACCACCAAACGAGGAAAGCACUGGCACAGCGGACGAUUUUGCUGAGUACAUGUGGAUGGAAAACGAGGAUGAGUUUGAUAUGCAAGAGAUGCAGCGACUAGAAGAGGAAGAGCUGAUGGACCAAUGCAUCGAGGCGAUGAUGAUGGAUGAAAUGGCUUCCGCCGAAAUUAUGGCAUCGGCGACACUGGUCGGAAAUGUACCAAGGGAAAGUGGUUUAGUGAACAUCCUGUCGAGUUUACAGCUCGAUAAAGACCAGCAGCAGCAGCAGAUGAUCCGUCAACCUAAGGAUGUUAACGUUGAAAAAUCGACACUUAACCCGCUGGCCGCCGAAUUUGUGCCAUCGUUCGUACAGCGAACCCUCGUCGCUCCAACGUCUUACUGAAUUUUGUCGGAUGUAAAACAUCGAAAAGGUAUGCAAAUACUCAAUGCGAGCAAAAAGUGUAAAAUGGGCGAUUUACUAUUUUAUUAUAAUUGCCUUAUUCUUUGUACGGCGAACGUUUGUAAUGUAAUGCAUAAACAUAGAUCUAAUAACGUUUAACAGUCCUACUGCUGUAGCUGCAAUGGAAAUGGUGAUACAAUUUGCGUAUACUUUUCAGUGAAAAGUAACAAUUUAGACACGUCGUCCGGACGACGACGAUAUUCGCGCACCGAGCAUUCGGCAGAUACCUGCAUACUGGUGUCUUGCUGCCUUUGUACUUACGAAGGACGAUCUCUGUAUUUUGGUUAGUUGAGUAGUACGCAACACAUGUGUGCUGGUUUUUGGUAGCAUACAAUAGAACGAUUUUUAACACACUCGCUAGCAUCACACGCGAAUGGUGAUGGGCGCAUGCCGAGUGCGAACAAACGCUCUUCCAUUGUGGCAACGAAUUUGAAUACUUAUUACUUACGUAGCUUUACUUGCCCGGUCAGGGUGUACCAUUUUUUUCUAUUGGAGGCGUAGGACUUUUAAUGUUGUUUACGGUGCAAUGCUAAACGUUACAUCCUUUAUGCUACCGCAAACGGAAACAGUUGCUUGGUUGUGGUGUUUUCAUCACUCGCGUGUGCAAAAAACGUCCAACAUUAUUACUAUCGUGCGUUGGGUAGUGCAGGUACCUUUUUUAUGUUUCAGCCAUUAAAAAAAAAGAACAACUUUUUCUUCCUCUUUAAUGAAUUUCUCAAAAUUAUUCACCUUUGCGCUCGUGUACACUAAACAAAAUGUCGAAAAGCAAAUUUAUCGGUUCCAUAGUGGCCGUGUUUCAUCAUUAGAUCAUUGUUAGUGAUUAGUCGUAAGCAGGCGGUCGUUGCAGUAUUGCCACUAAACCGUAACUCACAAAAAAAGUAUAAAAAGUCAACAAGAAAAGUCUGCUGUAUGUGUUAGUAUUACGAUUGUUCGUGGCAAAACAGGAAAGUGCAAAAAAAUCAUGCUGGCUUAACAAGGAAAGGCGAUCGAAUUUGCCACAGAAAUCGAACAUUUCUUUCGUUACUAGAAAGGAUAAUGUUUCAACUGUGAUACGAUUAUCGUUGAUUCAUAUCCACUGUCGGGAUUAAGUCAAAGCAUUAAUAGGUAUGUAUUUUUCUUGCCUGCCGGUCUCUUAUCUACGUGCGAAGCAUGUUGAUUUUUAGGAUUUCUGUUUGUUUUUCCUAAUUUCACAAACCUCGACGUGCACCAGUCGUUCGUAGCGCAAUAGAGUUGCAAUAGAGUUCCGCUUGCAUUUACAAUCGGGAUGUAUGGAUCCCCCUUGUACGCAUAUGGAUGGAAGGUGGUACAAAAAUCCGAUGGUUUUUUUUAAAGGUCGGGUACACAUAAGUUUUUUUUAGCGUCUAUGAUUUUAGCCUAAAUACGCAACAAUAAGAAAGCAACAUGACACGACAAUUAGAUCUAGUGCUGCAACAGCAAAACGAAAAAAAAUAAGAUAAAAUAAGCGCAAACAGGUUAUUUAGAGCGAAUCGAGUUUUAAGUGUAACGAAAUCCUAAUUGUGUGAUAGUUUAGAAAAAAAAUGGUCAAAACCGUUAAAAAAAUGAAAUAAAACAGACUGCACUAGAGUCUUCAAAUAAACGAAA